AUGGAUGAGCAGUCCAGGAUGCUGCAGACUCUGGCCGGCGUGAACCUGGCUGGCCACUCGGUGCAGGGGGGCAUGGCUCUGCCUCCUCCCCACGGACACGAAGGGGCAGACGGCGACGGCAGGAAGCAGGACAUCGGCGACAUCCUCCAUCAGAUCAUGACCAUCACUGACCAAAGCCUGGAUGAGGCACAAGCAAAGUUGCCCGCCGUCCUGCAAGGGAAGCGUGGCCGGCCGCGUGUCAGAGGGCAGCCGAGAAGAGAAAAACAGCCUCUCAGAAACUGGGAUUCCUGGCACGGGGUGUUUGCUGAGGCUGCUGCUAUUGCACAGGCGAGAGGGAAGCUGACAAGAGGUUUGAGCAUCCGAGGAGCCCAGGAGGAAGACCCUCCCGAUCCCCAGCUAAUGAGACUAGACAAUAUGCUUCUGGCAGAAGGAGUCUCAGGUCCGGAGAAAGGUGGGGGAUCGGCAGCCGCAGCUGCAGCCGCAGCAGCCUCUGGAGGGUCUUCAGAUAACUCUAUUGAGCACUCAGAUUACAGAGCCAAAUUGACCCAGAUCAGACAAAUCUAUCACACAGAGCUGGAGAAAUACGAACAGGCAUGUAACGAGUUCACUACGCACGUGAUGAACCUGCUCCGGGAGCAGAGCCGGACACGUCCCAUUUCUCCCAAGGAGAUUGAGAGGAUGGUGGGCAUCAUCCAUCGGAAAUUCAGCUCCAUCCAGAUGCAACUCAAGCAAAGCACUUGUGAAGCAGUAAUGAUCUUGAGAUCUAGGUUCCUCGAUGCCAGGCGGAAAAGACGCAACUUCAGUAAACAAGCCACAGAAAUCCUGAAUGAGUAUUUUUACUCCCAUCUCAGUAACCCCUACCCCAGUGAAGAAGCCAAAGAAGAGCUGGCAAAGAAGUGCAGCAUCACGGUAUCGCAGGUGUCCAACUGGUUUGGCAAUAAGAGAAUCAGGUACAAGAAGAACAUAGGGAAGUUCCAGGAGGAAGCCAACCUGUACGCGGCCAAGACGGCCGUGACCGCCGCACACGCCGUGGCCGCAGCCGUGCAGAACAACCAGACAAACUCCCCCACCACGCCRAACUCUGGUUCUUCUGGUUCUUUUAACCUCCCAAAUUCUGGGGACAUGUUCAUGAACAUGCAGAGUCUGAAUGGGGAUUCUUACCAGGGGUCCCAAGUCGGAGCCAAUGUGCAGUCACAGGUGGAUACCCUGCGUCAUGUUAUCAAUCAGACGGGAGGAUACAAUGAUGGCUUGGGAGGAAAUUCACUGUACAGUCCACAUAAUUUAAAUGCGAACGGAGGCUGGCAGGACGCAACCACUCCAUCUUCCGUGACGUCCCCGACAGAAGGGCCGGGGAGCGUGCACUCUGAUACCUCGAACUAAUCUCCUAGCAACACUUUUUCCCUGAGCUGAGAUGCCUUGAUUAGCGCAUUCGGAGGAGCAGGAGAAAAAGGAAAGAGUUUUUUGUAGCCAACCACCUACAGCUUUACUGUAAAACCUUGUCUUACUAGAAAACUUGGUAAAUCUGUUUUUUAAAGGUAUCAUAAUCAUUUGUAUUUAUACUUAAAACACACAAUGUUAAAAAGCACUUUAUCCAAUUAGGCCAAGAUUUAGCAUUGUUUAUAGCCCUGUAACUAUUUUAUCAUAAUUUAUUAUCAGCAGUUUUAAUGAUGUUGGUCUACCAGUUGCCAAUGACUUGGCCUUAAGGGUAAAAGUACAGUGUGAGCUUCACGUCGUGGCCGGAGCCGGCGCAGCGGACACGUCGCCUCGUCCUCCGCCUCGCGGCAGCCUGGCCGGGCCACAGGCCUCGGGCGCUUCAUCCCUUCACGCUCCUGUCGGGUUGGAAUCAAAGAGCUGUGCGUAUGUCGGUUAACAGCACUUGCGUUCAAGAACCCUUAUUCRCCACGUUUCUGUUGAGAGCCGUUGUUUUAUCAAUUAGAUUGAAUACCAGGAGCAUCCUUCUUUGUUUUUUAGUUUUCUUGUGUGCUAAAAAUGGCAGGGCCCUGAGCCUGCGCCCUGUAUCGCGCCAGCGGACGUAGGUCGUUCGGAGAGACGAAGACCCUCGCAGCUCGCUCCUGCGCCCGCCGCCCGGGGUUUUACAGUACGAGCUGGGUGCUGCGCGCGCCUGCCGAGACCUGCCGCGUCUCCUCGGCAGCCAAAACGCAAACAAAGAGAAAAAAGAGGAAAGCAAGCACCAUUGUAUGGAGUGUUGUACAUAGUGUAGCAAAAGAGUAUUUAUACAUCUCACCAAUCAAAACACAGCUUUAUUACCUCAUGCGAACUCAUACGAACCAAUAGACCUUCGACAUGUUCUGUAGCGUAGAGUGCUCACUUACUACCUCUGAACGAUACUCGCUCACGCCGUAGUUUGUCUCUUUCUUAUCUUUUGGCAUCCUGUAAUUAACUCUUCGUUUCCCCCAUGAAAUGUAAUGUACAUUGUAAUCUUUUAAAAGAAAUCAGGGUUGCGUUUGCAACUUUUAAAGAAGCUAAAGCAGAAACAUUGGGUCUUAGGUUUAACGCAAAAACAGUGAAACUGUUGUAAAUACUGAGAAACAUUUUGAAUGUUCUUCAUCUUGUUACUAAUCCACGCAAAAAAACGACAACUCCUUGUAAUGCAUACGGAUUCCGGCAUUGGGUACUGUAUCCGCCCCUGGGGACAGGGGCCCUCCUCUCUUUUGUAUUGUAUGCGAUUCUGAAGCCGAUUGACUCAUGAAAAUAAUUUGUGGCAGUGAUUCUAAUGUAUUAAAACGUUUCGUGUUACUUUCUAACUGGAUUACACCCUGGAUUGAGAAGUCUUCCUCGUGGUAGUUAUAUGUAGUUUCAAACAUGAAUAAACUU